UAAACCCGGAAAUGAUCCCUCAGUCAUGCUCUGAAGUUCACAUGCUGACAACUGGUCUGUGUAGAGCUUAUUGCACUUAGCAUAAUCAUAGUCCUUAUAUGCGGUCUGGUAUAACGUGUUAUACUUAAGAAUGAAGAGGACUAAACUUCUUGUGAGUUGUGGCAUAAGUAAUACAUGUCAUUAUUGUCUGAAAACGUGGCCAUCAUGUCAGCAGUUUGCCCGCUCACCUAUGAGUACUCUAGGGAAAGAAACCGGUGGACCAGCAUCUGAAAACAAGAGGGGUCUUAAAGCUAUUGACCUUGUGCAGCGAGAACGGGAGUCGAAAGGGAAACCCAAUAGCCGAAAAACACCAAAGCUCAAAGAGACACUCUCUGCCGUCUCCCCGUUGCAGCGCCGAGUCACACAACUUAAGCAAUUUACCCAACAGUUACAAAGUGUCCAUCCAAACGUGCUAGCCAAAGUCUUACACAAAAGCAUAGUUUUUCAAAAUCAAGAUGUAAUCGUGAUCAACAAACCUUAUGGAGUUCCAGUGCACGAUACAACGGGUGCCACAACCAGCAUACAAAGUGUGUUGCCAGUGUUGGCGAAAAUGCUCCAUGGCAUGAGGACAGAGACUCGGCUGCACAUUUGUCACAGUCUGGACAAAGACAUAACUGGCACUCUACUGCUUGCCCAAACAGAAGAGGCAGCUGACCACAUCCACACCCUCUUCAAGGCCCUACAAGUGGAGAGGAAGUACUGGGCGGUGGCUGUUGGCGUACCUGUGCCCUCAGAGGGGAUUGUAGAUAUACCUGUCAUUGAGAGAGAGGUCACUGGAGCACAACCUCACUUCAAGAUGGGGCUUAGUCCACUCUUCCAGACCAGUGCUGAUGGAGAGGGUGUGACUCGGGUGCGAGCCAACCGGCAUGCCCACAGCGCGGUGACUCAGUACCGUGUGCUGGACAGUACCAAUAGCUGCAGCCUGGUGGAGCUCCAGCCGGUCACAGCCGUGAAGCACCAGUUGCGUGUCCACAUGGCUUUUGCGAUGGGGUGCGUCGUCCUGGGGGACCAUAAAUAUGCCCACUGGAAUAAGCUAGCACCUCAGCAACUGCCAGAGGGAGUUUUGCGCCACUUAGGCCUGGAACAGAGCAAAGCACGCCACCUUCCUCUGCACCUACACCAUCACAAGCUGACAAUCCCCGGGUUCAAAGGUCACCGUGACCUCACUGUAUCCUGCCGGUUACCCAGGUUCUUCACAAGCUCUGUGCAACGGCUACAGCUUUCCCUACCAGAGAAACCAUGAAUUGAGACAUACACAUUCAAACACACCAGGCUCUGGUCCAGUUGUGUGAAGAAGCAUCGGACGACUGGGAGAAGCAGUAGGCUCUAGUCAAGUUGUGUGAAGAAGCCGCUGAUGAUGGGGGAAUCCUGUGGUAUAGGAACCCAUGAUGCCAGCUGAAUUAAUCCAACUGCUCAUAGCAGGCCCUGAUUUUGGACUAUGCUUAUUGUGCUCAUUGUUAUCAGAUGUUGAUAAGGCAACUUGUUUUCAGUCCUUAAAUACUCUGCAUUUGUUGUGAUUGGUGUGUAUGUACAUGCAUUUCUGGAGGCUUUAGGCUCUUGUGUAUAGCUGUUGUAAAAGUCAAAUAUUCUGAAUCCUCUGCUAAAAAGCAACUUUGCCACGUGUUAUUAAAUAGCCCUGACUCUCCCCAAACUUAA